AUGUCAUUCAAGUUCAAAUCACUGGAAUUCCCCAUUGCCACUACUUUCUUUCUGAGUUUGACGACAAUCUUGUCACUACUGAAAUUCAUCACUAGUUUGCAAACUUACAAUGGCAUAAAAGCGGAACAUCCUGAAGUGUCCUUUUCAGAGAUCAUUGUUCCAAUCCUACAACUGGUGCCAAGCCAAUCGAUCUUUUAUCCAUGGACAUUUGUGACCGAGUCGUUUGUGGAAUGGUCAAUUCUCACAUAUGCUCUGUCAGUGGUGGUUCUUUAUUUCGGUAUCAAUUUUCUUGAAAAGCAUUGGAACGUCAAUAACGAAUCUAGAGUCUUUUCAGAGACUGUCUACUUUAUUAUAAUUGUUGCGACAGUUACCAACAUUACCACUGUUCUCAUUGAGAUCACUGUUCACAUGCUCUCACUCUCAUCAUCUGAGCUGACUGUUCCUUUGAAAAAUGGCAUUUUCUCACUUAUCAUGAGUUUUGUAGUUGUGCUUAAACAGCUCACUCCUGAGCACAAUGUUAAGGUGUUCAAGACAUUUUCCAUUCGUUUAAGACAGCUGCCUUUUAUUGUGCUCUCAGCAACGUUGUUUGUGUCGAUCGUCACAAGAUCUUUAAAACCGGUGGUUCCUAUGUUCAAUAAUUUCUACGUGAGUUGGUUCUAUUUGCGUUAUUAUCAAAUAAAUACCAUCAAUGACUUGCUUCCUUCGAAUUCAUCAAGAUCGACAGUCAGAGGAGACGCAUCAGACACUUUCGCAUUUAUCCAGUUCUUCCCGGUUGCGGCUCACCGUGUGCUGAAACCAAUUUCCCGCACGACUUACCACACAGCAGCUCUUAUCGGACUGAUAAGACCAUUUAAUGACGAUGACAUUGAAUCUGGAAAUUUGAGAACUAUCAAGCGUCUCAAUACCGCGUCCACCACUGUCACAAGCGAAAUCGCUGAUCGUAGACGGCAGGUUGCUCUGCAGGUGUUGGGAGAAAGAGUCAAUGCCAAUACCAAUGCUAGACCCGAUCUCCCAGAAACUCCUGAACAAACACAAAAUUAG